AUGCACUUCGCAACCACCAUGACCCUUCUCAUCCUCGCCCAUUUCUCCUCAGCAAAAUCAGGAGACUCCUCUGACCUCGAUGAUCCAGCAACCGCCUUUGAGCUCGCCGCUCUCUCCCCUGAGAUCCUCAAACGCGAUGCUCCUUCCCCCCUAGACUCCCCAAACCGCUUCUCUCACGACCUCUCCGUCCGCGCAGCACCACAACCAGCAAAUCAAGCCGCGACAAAUCAAGGCGCAACAAGACAAGCACAACAGAAUGGCCACAAUGCAGAACAAAACUCGAACACCGAGCCAGGGACAGACCCAGCAUCAGAAUCUAAUUCCAACCAAGCCGCCAAGAACGACGGCAACAACAACCCCACCAUCGACCCAGCCUCAAACACCGCCCAAAAAGGUGCCUCGAACCAAAAUAGCCAGAACGCAAACAAGAGCAAAGAUAAAGACAAAGACAAAGACGGUGGCGAUGGCGGAGACACAAACAGCGACUCCAACGACACCGACAAUGGCAGCGACUCGGAUGGCGACGGUGGCAGCGACUCGGGUGACCACGACCCCGAUUCUCCGGACCCGCCAGCAAAAGAUGACUGCAAGGCGCAAACUGUGCCGAACUCGGCUGCGCUCGCCCCGCAUCCGACCGUGGCGGCGAAAUGGAGUAGUUGGGCUCAGAGCUGUGCCAGUAAGACUGCCAAAGCGACGGGGCCAGCAGGUGGAAAUAAGGCAAAUGCGGCUUCUGCUACGUCAGCGGCCAGGGCGGGCGGCCAGACGACGAUGAGUACGACUGUGGCGCCGUCGACGACGCCGAUUGCUACGGCUACGGGUAGUUCGACUGCUGCGCCUGCCGUUAAUGGUAAUGCUGCGAGUGGGUUUGGGGUGAGUGCGAUGGCGUUGGCGGUUGGAGUCGUGGGGGUGGUGUGGAGGCUACUGUGA